AUGAGCGACUACGCCCUGGUGCGCUCGCGCUCCGUGGUGCUGCCCCGCAGCACCUCCACCGUGCUGGUCAGCAGCGACUUCCACACCCCAUCGAUCCGUCGCACCACUUCCGUCCCUGACCUCACCGCCUACUACCGCUACUCUGACAGGUACAGGCCCCAAUGGCACACCGUCCGCUCGUACCGCACCUACCCGUCGCGCUACUCCCGCGACUACAACCUGUACGACAACUACUGGCUGAGCCGCACCGACUACUACCCGUACAGCUCGACCUACUGGCCCAGCCGUCGCUACUUCUACUCAAACUAUCUAUACCCGCUGACCACAGACCUGUACCGUAACAAACUCGACUAUUACAACCCGUACAGCUCGUGGUACCGGUCGGCCUCCCUCGACUGGAGCGCGCGACACUCGUGGUACCCGUACUCUAGCUAUUGGAACCGCUACAAGUCGUACGACUAUGACUACCCGUCGUACUACUCGCGCUACUCGGACCCGUACGUCCGCUCCUCCCUCCGAUCCACCUGGACCCCGUACAGCUCGUACGUGCUCGACACAGCCGAGGCGUCGCUGAAACGCGGCUUGGCCAUGUACAGAGAAGGCCAGAUGAACUACCCCACGCUCUAUAACUACUUUUUGACGCCGAAUUAUUGGGACAAGCGACACAAGGACUGGAGCGCACUCUACGUCAAUGACGCACCGUACUUCCGCCAGGCCUGCGUCAGCGAUCACGCCAGGCGAUACGUGGCCCAAUGGGUGAAA